ACUCUCAGCAGUCAGGAAGUCCAAGUAACAAUGAGCCAGGCAAGAACCCUCUUCCAGUGUAUUUGGAAGACAGUUUCAUCAAAUCAGGAGUCUUCAGUGUUGCAGAACUAGUGCGAGUGUCCAGAAUGCCCAUUACCCACGGUGCAACGGUAAACUUCUCCAUGGCGGACAUGCCCAGCCAACCCUACUAUCAUGACCUGAACUCCAGCGUGGGGCUGCAUCGCCCCCUGUCCUCCCCUCCUGGCAG